CGCCUACUUCGUGCAGCGUUCUUGAGCCCGCCGAACACUAAAAAACGACUUUUGGACCCGAUCAUCUCCGAAACAAGCCGAAACGUGUGGCCCCGCCUACAUCCGGCUGAGUUUGUGAAUGCAUCUAAUUCCGAACCGUGACUUGAGAACUCGGCUAUCUCCGAAGUAAGCCGAAGCUUGUGGCCCCACCUCCAAGCCGUGAGCUUGAAUGACCGAGUGUGCCCGAAGGAAUCCGAAGCUGAAAGUCUGUGUCUUUCCGAACGCCGAGCUCCAGGUCCCUCCUCCUUCUCAAGUCUCAACCCGACUCGAAGCUCUUGGCCCCGCCUUUCUGACCGAAACCCCGCCCCUUCACGUACAGGCAGCUCUUUGCCCGGGGGCCUCCUAGAACGGUCGCGACUGGCUUCUUGCCGCGGACCGGUGCUCUGGGUUCCUUUCUUGCGGUGCUGUAUCUCGUACAGCGGAGGCUCUCGGGGCCUGGACUGCGCAGCCCUGCCGGCGCCCUCCAGAACGGGUGGUGCGGGGGCGUGCUGAGCUGGGGAGGCGUGGCCCGAGCCGAGGCAUUCUCGAAAAGGGGCUCCGCAGUCUCCUGGUCCACGGACGGUUCAGACCAUGACACCCGAAGAAUGGACAUAUCUAAUGGUCCUUCUUAUCUCCAUCCCUGUUGGCUUCCUCUUUAAGAAAGCUGGACCUGGGCUGAAGAGAUGGGGGGCAGCAGCUGUGGGCCUGGGGCUCACCUUAUUCACCUGCGGCCCCCACAGUUUGCAUUCUCUGAUCACCAUCUUGGGAACCUGGGCCCUCAUUCAGGCCCAGCCUUGCUCCUGCCAUGCCCUGGCUCUUGCCUGGACCUUCUCCUAUCUCCUCUUCUUCCGAGCUCUCAGCCUGCUGGGCCUGCCCACUCCCACGCCCUUCACCAAUGCUGUCCAGCUGCUGUUGACACUGAAGUUGGUGAGUCUGGCCAGUGAAGUCCAGGAUCUGCAUCUGGCCCAGAGAAAGGAAAUAGCUUCUGGCUUCAGCAAGGAGCCUACCCUGGGCCUCCUGCCUGAUGUCCCUUCUUUGAUGGAGACCCUCAGCUAUAGCUACUGUUACGUGGGAAUCAUGACAGGCCCAUUCUUCCGCUACCGCACCUACCUGGAUUGGCUGGAACAGCCCUUCCCGGAAGCCGUGCCCAGCCUGAGGCCCCUGCUGCGCCGUGCCUGGCCAGCCCCGCUCUUUGGCCUGCUCUUCCUGCUGUCCUCCCAUCUCUUCCCACUGGAAGCUGUGCGUGAGGACGCCUUCUACGCCCGCCCGCUGCCCACCCGCCUCUUCUACAUGAUCCCGGUCUUCUUCGCCUUCCGCAUGCGCUUCUACGUGGCCUGGAUUGCGGCCGAGUGCGGUUGCAUUGCCGCGGGCUUCGGGGCCUACCCUGUGGCUGCCAAAGCCCGGGCCGGGGGCGGCCCCACCCUCCAAUGCCCACCCCCUAGCAGUCCGGAGAUUGCAGCUUCCCUGGAGUAUGACUAUGAGACCAUCCGUAACAUCGACUGCUAUGGCACAGACUUCUGCGUGCGUGUGCGGGAUGGCAUGCGGUACUGGAACAUGACCGUGCAGUGGUGGCUGGCACAGUACAUCUACAAGAGCGCACCUUUCCGCUCCUACGUUUUGAGGAGUGCCUGGACCAUGCUGCUGAGUGCCUACUGGCAUGGCCUCCACCCUGGCUACUACCUAAGCUUCAUGACCAUCCCGCUGUGCCUGGCUGCUGAGGGCUAUUUGGAGUCAGCCUUGCGGAGACAUCUGAGCCCCGGGGGCCAGAAAGCCUGGGACUGGGUCCACUGGUUUCUGAAGAUGCGUGCUUACGACUACAUGUGCAUGGGCUUUGUGCUUCUUUCCAUGGGUGACACACUCCGGUACUGGGCCUCCAUCUACUUCUGGGUCCACUUUCUAGCCCUGGCCUGCCUGGGGCUGGGGCUGGUUUUGGGUGGGGGCAGCCCCAGCAAGAGGAAGACACCAUCCCAGGCCACCACCAGCCAAGCCAAGGAAAAGCUCCGGGAAGAGUGAGCUGUGCUGUAUUGGCCUGCCAUCCAGUUCAAGCUUUUCUUGGAAAUUCUGUGAACCAGGCUAUUUUUUCCUUUAGCCAGCAAGAAUCCCUUGUUUGGCUAAGAGCCUGGAGAGGAUUCCCCCUUCCCCGCUAAUUCCUCUGCUUCCUAUUUAAAGCUAGGAAUACCCUUCUCCUGGGUUCUCCCUGCAUCUUGACAUUUUCAAACCUCCCUCUGCUAACAUCAGGGUGUUACUGUCUACUCUUGGCCCUAUUAUCUCUGCAACAAUCUUCAGAUGUUCAAAAAGCCACACUUCCCAAAAUGCCAUUGCAGGGACCAAUGGUCAUCUGGCAUCUUAGACAGACUCCCAGUGGGUCCCUAGUAUUGGGGCAGGAACUUCUGGGAGAGGGGAGGGAUACCCUUCUUCUUUUCCUCUUUGUUUUUAUCAUCAAACAAGUGUUUCAAAGACUGUGGUCUUACACAUCCUGAAGGAGAAACUGAAAUGUGCAAGUGAAAAGCCCCAGGGGAACAUGCUCUUAUAAUAGCUUCUGUCUGAGCCAUUUCUGGGCUCCCCAUACAACCUACCACCCAGUGUCAUCCUUGGCCUGUGACAGGCCAGAGUGUAUAAAUCUUUCCCAAUAAAGUGUUACACAUGCA